GCCACAGCUUAUAAAGGGCAGUGGUCGUUGGUGAGCUGCUGAGCCUUUCUUACGACUGGUGAAGAUGGCAGGUGUUGGUCUACUGAUAUUGUUGAGUGUCCUUGGGGUGUCCAGGGCUUUGAACAACGGCCUCGCCCUGACCCCGCCCAUGGGUUUCCUUGACUGGGAGAGGUUCCGGUGUAACACGGACUGUGUCAAUGACCCCGAUAACUGCAUCAGUGAGAGGUUGUUCAUGAAGAUGGCAGACAUUAUAGCGGAGGAGGGCUACCGUGAGCUCGGCUACGAAUACAUCGGCAUCGACGACUGCUGGCCCUCCAAAUCUCGGGACGCUGACGGCAACCUCGUGGCAGACCCAGAGAGGUUCCCAAACGGAAUCCUCGGUCUCUCUCGUUAUGUACAUGCACGCGGGCUAAAACUGGGUAUCUAUGAAGACGUCGGUACCAAGACGUGCGCAGGGUACCCUGGGAGCCAGGACUACACGAAGCAGGACGCCGAGACGUUUGCAAGAUGGGAACUAGACUUGCUCAAGUUUGAUGGCUGUAACACUAACACAAACGAAUCGGCAAUACAUUUCCCCUUAAUGAGUCAAAGUCUGAACGCGACUGGCAGACCUAUCCUCUUUACAUGUGAAUGGUGGGAUGGAGACCAGACCCAGCACUCCCACUACACCCGCAACAGCGAAUACUGCAACACCUGGAGGAUCUUCAACGACUUGGAGGACACCUGGACCUCAAUCCUGAGCAUCAUCCAACACUACGCCCAGAACGAAGGGGACUUCAUCUCCGUAUCAGGCCCAGGGUCCCUCAACGAUCCAGAUGAGCUGGUCAUCGGCGACUUUGGUCUGAGUUAUGACCAGGAGAGGGUUCAGUUCGGGAUGUGGGCGAUGUUUGCCGCCCCACUCUACAUCUCUGCUGAUCUGAGGACCAUCAGACCACAGGCCAAGGCCAUUCUACAAAACAGGAACGUCAUUGCCAUCAGCCAAGACCCACUUGUAAAGGGAGCUAAAAUGAUAAAAGAGAUUCAAAACGUGCAGGUCUGGCUGAAGCCUUUGGUCAAACCCGGAAGUUAUGCAGUAGCUUUCUUCAACCCAAACUCUGCUGGCACGCCAACGCGCAUGUCCUUGACCCUGGCCGAUAUCACACUGACCAAUCAGAACGGCUAUAACGUUACUGAAGUGUUUGAUAACGUCGGUAUGGGAAUGUUCAAGCCGAGUGGUCAGUUCAAUGUGACUGUCAACCCAACAGGAAUUGUUCUGGUCAAGGCGGUUCCUCUUUAAUAUGCAUAACAAAAGACCAUAUUAUCUCACUGAUGUUUAAAGCAUUUUUAUAUAAGUAAUAAAUGCUUUGAUGAGUU